AGGUUCCACCAAAAUAUGGAACUUGAUUUUGGACAUUUUGAUGAAAGAGAUAAGACAUCCAGGAACAUGAGAGGCUCACGGAUGAAUGGGCUGCCUAGCCCCACUCACAGCGCCCAUUGUAGCUUCUACCGAACCCGAACCUUGCAGGCGCUGAGCAACGAGAAGAAAGCCAAGAAGGUACGUUUCUACCGCAAUGGGGACCGCUACUUCAAGGGGAUUGUGUACGCUGUGUCCUCUGACCGUUUUCGCAGCUUCGAUGCCUUGCUGGCUGACCUGACACGAUCUCUGUCUGACAACAUCAACCUGCCUCAGGGAGUGCGUUACAUUUACACCAUUGAUGGAUCCAGGAAAAUCGGAAGCAUGGAUGAACUGGAAGAAGGGGAAAGCUAUGUUUGCUCCUCAGACAACUUCUUUAAAAAGGUGGAGUACACCAAGAAUGUCAAUCCCAACUGGUCUGUCAAUGUGAAGACAUCUGCUAAUAUGAAAGCCCCUCAGUCCCUGGCUAGCAGCAACAGUGCCCAGGCCAGAGAGAACAAGGACUUCGUGCGCCCCAAGCUGGUGACCAUCAUCCGCAGUGGGGUGAAGCCUCGGAAGGCUGUGCGUGUGCUUCUGAACAAGAAGACAGCCCACUCUUUUGAGCAAGUCCUCACUGAUAUCACUGAAGCCAUCAAACUAGAGACCGGGGUUGUCAAAAAACUCUACACUCUGGAUGGAAAACAGGUAACCUGUCUCCAUGAUUUCUUUGGUGAUGACGAUGUGUUUAUUGCCUGCGGUCCUGAAAAAUUUCGUUAUGCUCAGGAUGACUUUUCUCUGGAUGAAAAUGAAUGCCGAGUCAUGAAGGGAAACCCAUCAGCCACAGCUGGCCCAAAGGCAUCCCCAACACCUCAGAAGAGUUCAGCCAAGAGCCCUGGCCCCAUGCGCCGGAGCAAGUCUCCAGCUGACUCAGGUAACGACCAAGACGCAAACGGAACCUCCAGCAGCCAGCUCUCUACCCCCAAGUCUAAGCAGUCUCCCAUCUCUACGCCCACCAGUCCUGGCAGCCUCCGGAAGCACAAGGAGCAGGCAUUAUGCCAGGCUCUGGGGCUAGAGAUGAACUUGACACAGUCCCUGUCCUCAAAGUGGGAUAAACACCUCGAAGAAAGACUUAAGAGGAGUGCUGUGCCAUUUGAGGUCGCUGGCCAGGGUCAGGUUGGAUCAGUCAGCAGGGAUUUUACAAGUGCCCAGUACUGUGACUUCACAGUAAUAGGUUCCAAAGGCCCACUUAGACCUCAAUCAUCCCAGUCAAUCCAGACCAGGGAGGGGCUGGGGAGUGGGAGCUGGUCUGUAUUCUCUAGACAUUGCAGCUGUGGGGAUUUAGCAGAAAUGUUAAGUGGGGACAGGACUUGUGCAGUCACACAGGGCCCUGUGCUUCGAGAGAUCCCGGGCCUGGCUUAA